GGGCGAGGCGAGGCGAAGGAGGCAGGCGGAGUGCUGGGACACGGAAGAAGAGGGUCGCCGCUGAGCUGCUGCCCCUUUUCCCGAGCGGGCGUGCGGCUGCGGCUUCUUUCUUGACCGGCUUCCCCCGCAAGGCAGGAUCUUCUGCUGUGAAGACGUUACCUAAGUGCCAGCAGAUCUGACCCACGAAGCCUGGAAAGAGAAGACCAUCAGGUUCUUGGGCGCAGUGCCGUCCAGCUCCACCUCCCCUAGAGGCCCCCGGACCUGAGCAGAGGUGGAAGUGGGGUGGCCUGGCCCCCCUCCUGCAGACCCAUGGCGCGUCGGCUCCAGUUACAACUGCUGACGUGGGAUGUGAAGGACACGCUGCUCAGGCUCCGCCACCCCGUGGGGGAGGAAUAUGCCGCCAAGGCCCGGGCCCACGGGCUGGAGGUGGAGGCCGCGGCCCUGGGACAGGCCUUCGGGCGGGCAUAUAGGGCUCAGAGCCACAGCUUCCCCAGCUAUGGCCUGAGCCGUGGCCUCACCUCCCGCCAGUGGUGGCUGGAUGUGAUCCUGCAGACCUUCCACCAGGCAGGCAUUCGGGAUGCCCAGGCUGUGGCCCCCAUCGCUGACCAGUUGUACGAGGACUUCAGCAGUUCCCGCACCUGGCAGGUGUUGGAGGGGGCUGAGGCCACCCUGAGGGGGUGCCGAAAACGAGGUCUGAGGCUGGCAGUGGUCUCCAACUUUGACCGACGACUGGAGGACAUCCUGGCGGGUCUUGGUCUGCAGGAACACUUCGAGUUUGUGCUGACCUCCGAGGCUGCCGGCUGGCCCAAGCCCGAUCCCCGCAUUUUCCAUGAGGCCUUGCGCCUUGCUCAGGUGGAACCGGCAGUGGCAGCCCACAUUGGGGACAGUUACCAAUGUGAUUACAAGGGAGCACGGGCCGUGGGUAUGCACAGCUUCCUGGUGGCUGGCCCUGAGCCUUUGGACCCUGCGGUCAAGGAUUCUGUACCCCAAGAACACAUUCUCCCCUCACUGUCCCAUCUCCUGCCUGCCCUUGACCGCCUGGAGGGCUCACCCCCAGGGCUUUGAGUCUGGCAAGGGAAGCGGUCAGGCCCAACAGACACUGGAGACAGGGAGCUCCUUCCUUCCCUGAGAUCUGGCCUUCACCCCCCCACCCCCCGCAGCCUCCAUAAUGCAUUCCGACUAUAAAGCAGUGAAUGCGGGGCAUUCAACCCUGCGCCACUAUCCAGCUCCUGGUCUCUGAGAUGCUUCAUUCCUCACACCUGUGUCCAUUUUCUACCAUGAGUCCCCCCUCACCUCCAACAAGAUUCAUGAGGGCCCAACUAGCUUCAAAACCAACACUUUCAAACUUUCUUUUUAGCAGCAGGGCCUUUCGUGAUGGGAGAGCUUAUGUGGAACCCCAACAUGCAAAUCAGGAAAAAUGAGAAACUGCUAGGGUUGAAGCAGAGGUCCUGGGGCCCUUCAUUCAGGCCCUGAAGCCUCUGCGACUCUCCCCUGAGAAGCCUGAGAUCAGAGCUUAGUACCUGCGGGUACUGGAGGUCUCGUUGAGGCGUGUCUCACUCCGAAGCCCACUGGCUUGACUGCGAGGUUACAAGUAGAAUGGGAUCCGUGUCACACGAGGCGUAAUGCAGCGGGGAUCCAGGGAGAACAGAGAAGGUGUCCUAAGGAUGGCGGUCCUGAAGGGCACCCCAGUCAUAGGAAUAGCUUGGGGGUGGGAAAGCACAGGGAACAGGGACUGGAACACGAGGUGGCAGGAGUGCAGGGAAUAUGGGGGGAAUCACUGGAGAUUGAAGUAGGUUAGGCUUUUAAAAUUCUAUGUCUCUUCCUGCCUUCCCCCCUUCACACACCUCUCUACAUCGUAUUUACUGGACACCUGUGCCUUGCCCAGUGCCAGGCACAGGGGGUACCACAAGUAAAAAGCACACAAACAGGCAUACACAGUGUAUGUUCUGGUGCCAACAGGCAGGGAGGACUCUGGAGUGGACCCUGAGCUGGGGGUGGCCCGUAGAUGGGCAGAGGGAUAAGAGGGGCAUUCCUGGCAGUGGGCCCACAAACUGUGGACUGAAGACUGCUGUGGGGAGUUGGACUGGUGGUUGGGGGAGCAUGGCCUGGGGGCCUUUGGGUGCCAAGUAGAAGAAAUUGGCUUUGACCCAGGUUUGAGCAGAGACUGUGCCCAGGCAAAGGCAGGGAAGCUCUUCUCAGACUUGGCCGAACCUCUUGUGGGUCUGUCUUCCUUGGGCUUGGUGCUGAGGCCAGGCGACCCAACAUUAAUUCCCAACUGUCAGGCAGUGAGGAGAUGGGGCAUGAGCUGUGGUUUCAGAACUGCAAGGGCCUCAGAAGUCAUGUCAACUGAAAAAGUUGAUUUGAUCCACCCGGUGUUUCAAGUAAAUUAUUGAGCAAACUGAAGAGUGGGGAGGGCUCUGGCCUCCAUCUUUGUUUUU